ACCACUUGACAACAGAUAAUUUCGUUUAAAUAGUUUUUUUCUAUCUCAACGAUUUAUAUUAUUCACAGAUAUUUGAAGCUGAUUUGACUUUUUUGUUUUAAAUUUACAGCUUGUUACGUUGUAAAAGUAACACGCACUACUUGAUCAGUUUGAGAGGUACAUUACAGUCAGUACUCACGUAUAAGUAAGUAAGGAUGAAGAUCAAGCGGCAGAAGCAUGCGAAGAAAACCAUCAGCUUCUACAAGUACAACUUUGGAUUUCGAGAACCGUUUCAAAUCCUGAUCGAUGGAACAUUCUGCCAGGCUGCACUGAAAAACAAGAUCCAAAUCAAAGAACAAAUCCCCAAGUAUUUCAUGGGAGAGGUUCAACUCUGCACCACCAAAUGUGCACUGAAGGAACUUGAAACCCUUUCAAAAGACCUGUAUGGAGCUAAACUAAUCCUGCAGCGCUUUCAGAUACGACAAUGUAAACACAAGGAGCCCAUUCCUGCCUCAGAGUGCCUGCAGUCUAUGCUGGGAGAGAGAAAUCCACAUCAUUAUUUUGUUGCGACACAGGACAGAGAUUUAACAGCAGCCCUGAUGAAGAUCCCCGGCGUCCCCCUGAUCUACAUCGUACUCAACACCAUGGUGCUGGACAAGCCGUCAGAUUGUUCGGUUAAGCAUGUGGAAGCAGCACAGCUGGGUGAGCUAGUAAACCCACAUCACCAGCAGAGUAUCCAGAACCUGAAAGCCGAGCAGGGCCUCAGCAGUGACGGAGGGGAACGUAGGGGCAAAAAACGGAAAAGGAAGUCAGGCAACCCAAAUCCUCUCAGCUGCUUGAAAAAAAAGAAAAAGCCAGUGCCACAGCAGCCCAAAACCACAGAGGGAGAGAAAAAGAAAAGGAACCGGCACAGGAGAGGAAAACCUACCGGGCCCAUUAUCAGUGUCCACUCCAAGCCUUCUAGUGCUCAGUCAUGAUCCAGUUUCUUUACUAAAGUCCUGUUAAAAGUGUUACGAUUUAGUCUAAAUAUGACAAUCACACUGUUUUAUUAUUAUGAUUGAACUAAUUCAGCUUUUCCUGUUUCAUAUACAAUACCAAUAUUAAAGAUCUCAAUAUUGUCUGCUACCACUAUUGAUUGAACACUGACGUCCCUCUGUAACCAAGCUGAUUAUUGGCAAGCAAGGACUGUGAGACACAGGCAUGAUGGUGAAACACUUAACACAGUUUGGUGUCUUUUGUUGAUAUACACAAUUAAUGUUAUGUUUGCCACCAUCACACAACACACAGUUUUUUAUCAGUAAUUCAGAAAGAAAUAUGUCAAUAUGUCAAAGUAUCAAAUCUAAGAUUCAUGCCAGACUAAUGGUAUUAAAUUUUUUUGG